UUUUAUUAGCGUUGGGCGUCAAAUUUUCUAGAUCCGGGACUUUUUGUACCGUAUUAUUACCGAUCGUCCCUGCUCACGUGUGACGUAUGAAGUGUAACGUAACGCGCUUCCCGUUUGACCCUUGUGGCAGGGCUGAAUUUAGGGGGGGGGCACUAUCUACAACUGCCCCAUGCUCCAGUAUUUUGGGGACACCAAAAUGCUGUUGUCUUAAAUUUGUUCCCGUAUAAAUUAUUAAAACUUUUAAAAAAGGAAAAAUAAUAAAAAAAAAAAAUUGAUCCACCAAAACCGUGGUUCGAUCUUGAGACAUUCUGUACUAAUACAGUACUGUAAAAUACAUCCCCACAAAUACACUCCACAAGUAUAAAAAAAAACGGCUCUACAAUUUGAGAUAUAAGUUUAAAGGUAGUUAAGUCUUGGCUACGUCAUGGAAGAAAAAUCAAAAAUCUUUCACGAGAAUUUCAGUUGUUAGGUUGCCUAUACUGUUUACUGUUGUUAAAAUACCUAUUAUACAUAUUAUGGCAUGAUCCUAACCUUAAGCUACUAGACUAACUUCCAGACUCCGAUGGUUGGGCCAUGUGCUCACGACUGAUUGCUGGAACUACAAUACUUAGGUCCAUUCAUUAGUAUAAGGUCUAUGGUAGUACAUCCUGUUGUCUUGUGCUCCACCUCAACAACGGUUAACACUGAAAAUGAGUUUCUUACGCAAGCUAUUCGGACGCAAGAAAAAAGAAAUAAAAGGUCCGUCACGGUCGACCGAAGUUGAUGCGUUGGAAAAAUUACGAUCUACUGAACAGUUGUUGAGGGAUAAAAGUGAAGCCUUGAAAACAAAUAUUGAAACAGAGCAAUCUACCGUAAAAGAGAACGUUAUAAAAAAUAAACAAGGUAGAUACUAUUACUUACUUGAAAUACAUAGGUAAUAAUUAUUUCAUAAAUUAAUUUAACGUUUUUAAUCUAUUUUAUUGUAGUUGCGUUGAAGGCGUUAAAUCGUAAGAAGCGUUACGAGCGACAGUUGUCUCGGAAUGAAAGCAUGCUAUUAAGUGUCAUUAAACAACAGUCGGCUUUGGAAAAUGCAAACACCAACAACAUUGCGGUUGAUUUAAUGAGUUCGACUUCAUACGCUGUUAAAAUGGCUAAUCAAAAUGUCAACAUAGAUGAUAUUAAUAAUAUGAUUGAUGAUAUAGCAACGUCAAAAGAUUUAACUCAAGAUAUUACAGAAGCCAUUUGUAAUCCAACUAGAUUGGAAACUGAUGAAGAUGAGGAAGAAUUACAAAAGGAAUUGGAAAAUCUUGAAUUAGAAAAAUUGGAUGAACAAGUAAUAAAUAUUGAUCCGGUGCAAGCUACAAAUCAACCAAUACCAGUUGUGCCAAAAACCAAAGAAAAUAUAACCAGACACAAGAAUUCCAUUAUAACAUAAAAUUGUUAUUUCAUAGGUCUUCAAAACAAUUUUCAAAUUAAGUAUGGAUAAGUAAUGUUAUUGAUUAGUUUAAAAUUGUGGUUUAUAAUUAAAAUUUUUUUUUUAUUA